CGCCAGCAACGUUUAUUUGCGCUCGAGCAGCGAACGUGGCAGCAAGCAAAAGCAAAAGCAGAAGCAAACGCACAAACGCAAAAGCAAACGAAAAAAUCAAAGACAAAACAAAAUCAAGUGCGAGGCGAAUCGAAUCGAAGCAAUAAAUCAGAGUUCGUCAAGUGUUAACAAUAAUAAUUUCAUUUAAAUUUCAAUUAAAUUGUGAAAAUUGUUAUUGUUAAUUGAUUAUAAUCGAGUUACGCGCUUUCAUUUUCGUUUUUCAAUUAAAAGAAGAAAAUAAAAUUUGAAAAAAAGAACUAAAAAUAAAAUACAUGCUCAAAGAAGUGGCAAUAAUUAACCGUUAAGUGAAAUUGUCAUUGCAAAUUGAACAAUAAACUCGAGAAAUAAUAAUAAAACUCUUAAAUCAUUAUUAUUUUUGUGUUGUAACAACAUUCAAAAAAGGCGCUUUUCAAUUUUUUCCAAUUCGAUUUCAAUUUCGAAUUCAAUAUUUAUGGUCAAGUGGUAAUUGUGCAACACCAGCAGCCACUUAACCUUAACAAUUAUUAUUAUUAUUUGGCAAUAAGACAUUUGGCACAAUAAUUUCAUUCAAGUGCGCCAAAAAAGCAAACUUUUACCGCAAAAAACGAAAGCAAAGCAACAACAACAGUAAAAAAACUCAACGAACCCACGCGGGCGCUAAACUCUAGCGGCAACAACAACAACACCAACAACUAAAAAAACAGCAGCAACCAAAGACAGCGGAGAAGAAGAAAUAGUGCAAAAUGGUUGAGAAAACAGACAUGUCGAAAUUCGUUGGCGUUGCCGAUAUCACGGAGAACAAGAAAAUCUGGCGCAUGCUGCUCGGAGAGUUGGUGGGGACAUUUUUCUUGGUAUUCAUCGGUGUUGGCAGCACGGCGACCGGAAAUCCAAGCGUAGCACAGAUAGCGUUCACCUUUGGCUUGACGGUGGCCACACUGGCCCAGGGCCUGGGCCACAUCAGCGGCUGUCACAUUAAUCCGGCUGUAACCAUCGGUUUCCUGAUCGUUGGCGAGAUGAGCAUCCUAAAGUCGGCCUUCUACAUUAUCGUCCAAUGUGUGGGCGCCAUUGCAGGAGCCGCUGUCAUCCGGGCAGCCACCAAUGGAAUACUCACCGCUGGAUUAGGUGUCUCUUCGUUUGAUACCUCUUUGGAUGUGGGUCAGGUGGUGUUGAUCGAGGCAUUGAUUACCUUCAUUCUGGUGUUUGUCGUCAAGGCUGUGUCAGAUCCAGGACGUCAGGAUAUCAAGGGAUCAGCUCCGCUGGCUGUUGGCCUUUCCAUUGCCGCUGGACAUUUGUGUGCGAUCAAGCUCAGCGGUGCCAGCAUGAAUCCCGCCCGUUCCUUUGGUCCUGCUGUUGUCCAGGGCAUGUGGACCGAUCAUUGGGUCUACUGGGUGGGUCCCUUUGCCGGCGCAAUUCUCGCUGCUCUCAUCUACAGAUUCAUCUUCAAGGUGCGCAAGGGCGAUGAUGAGGCCAACUCGUAUGAUUUCUAAGCUACGAAUACCAUUCCUUAGCCCACUAUCUCCUCUCGGGGAUUUCAAAAACUUGUUGUUGUGUGUGUUGUGUCUAUUGUCUGCAGAUGUUUCGCAUUCACAUUUGUGUUUGUCUCAUUCACAAAUCGCAUUCGUUUGGAACGCGUUCACAAUUCACUCAGAUUAGCCGAGCGAAAGCCGCACAAUUAAAAUUGUACAAUUUUUAUUUGUUGAAAAAUAAAAAUUAUUGUCGCUUUGUUUUAGUCGUAUUAACAUCAAAAA